CAGAGUUUAAUGCAUACACAAAGCUGUGUUUCAUUUGACUGUCAAACCUACAAUAUUCAGCACUUAUCUGAAAGUAGUGACACAGGACAAGGGUACCGGUGGGGGUAGGGUGGUUCACGCCUCUACCUUACAGCUGCUCACAUAGCGAGUGCACAUUCAACAGUUUCUGUUAACAGUCAUAAGUGGCAACCCUUCAGAUUCUCCAGUGUGCAGUCUUUGCUCAGUUGGACGAUGUGGUGGACGAGUAUCGCGCUUCUGCUUGUCGUCCUUGUGACGCCUGUCUGUUGCAAUGACGACAUCUUCAUGGGCGGCUUCAUGACGUAUAGGCUGGUGGACACGUCACCGUCAACAUACAGCUUUAGAAUCACAGUCAUGACAGCGUGGCGGCUAGGUUAUGGCCCUUGUGGAGACAACUGCACUACAACAGACGUUGGCAGCAGCAGCAACAUCACUAGAUCAGACGUGAUGAACAUGACUGGCGACGACUACUACGGCAGGUGGUACCAAGAAACUAGCAGCUUUAUCAAUACGACCGACAUCACAGAGCAUGUCUCGAGCAUGUUUGAUGGUCAUGUGAUCGGUGUCGAUGAGAGGCUUCAGUGGGAGCAAGAAAUUGGCAGCUUUGACCUUGACAUUAAUCGAAAUGACCUCUGGAGCGAUGUCAGUUUCUUGGGUCAUUACUGGAGGGAUGUUGAUUACGGGGGUGGGAAAGAUGUGCCAUAUAGGCUGCAGAUGAAUCUGUCCCCCCUGGCAAGGAGUGACACGGGAGUCCCCAACAACGGCCCAGCGGUCAUGUUCCAGACGGUCUACAGAGUCCUAUUAAACAACAUCACAACAUUCCGCCUGACAACCUACGACAGCGACGGCGACUUCGUCCACUGCGGAACAAUAAAAUCUGUACCCAAUAUCACUGUCAAUACUGACUGCAGUCUCCACGUGUCUGCGAUGGAGUCUGACGGGUUUAUUGAUGGGGGGUGGGGUGCGGUGACUGUCGUUGUGAGGGACUUCAACCAACGACCCCUCGUACUACACAACAACCAGUUGAAUAUCACCACUGACUACCCCGUUGGAGGCCCCGGAAUCUCCGCUGUUCCGCUGGAGUUUAUGAUCCAGACAGUGCUUGUACUGGAUGACCCGGUGUUCGUUGACCCCACAUUUGCCGGUGGCCAUGAGUUCAGUGUGAAUGUAGGGGCCGAACUGGAGAUACCACUGUAUGCAUCUUCAGAUUUUCGUGUCGAAGGCUUCUUCAUACGAUCCAUCCCCUACCGUGAGUUUGCUGUGGCCACGCCGCAAGUCGACCCUGCUGGAGUCAAUGACAGCGUGGUGUACGCCUUGGCCACGUGGACGCCACAGACUGACGACGUCGGCGUCUACGUCCUUGGUGUCACUGUUACAGACAGCCGCGGUCAGACUGGUUGCGACAGACACUACAUAGUCACUGUAAAAGAUGCUCCGCUGAAUGUUAUACCCCAUCAGCCACGCCCCUACUUCGUCUACUCCCCCGUGGACGCCAUGGUCAUCUGUACACAGGACAGCACGUGCACCUUCCCGCUCUACACAGCAACCAAUCACGUGAACAAACGGAUACAGAAUGUGUCUGUCGUGUACAGUACGCUGCCAGGGGACCUGAAGGUGAGCAGCGUCGUCAGGGCAACACACCAGGGCAAGAAGGUCUUCAGGGCAGACGUGUCUGUCACUUCGUCUCUCACAGGAGCCCAGAUUGUCUGCUUCAAGGCCCUGGAUGAACGCGGUGACGAGUCACACACUGAGUGCAUCGGGAUCACCAUUCUACAGCCAGAUCCAUGUCUCGCCGAGCCGUGUGGCCGCAAUGAGUGCCAGAGCGAUGGCUUCUCGUACAGGUGUAUCUGCGACACUGGAUUUACUGGAGCGCACUGUGAAACAGCGCUGCAUGAGUGUGCCAGCAGCCCCUGUGUACAUGGCACGUGCAGGACGAACCCAAUCAUCCCCGGCCGAUACCUGUGCGUGUGCACCCCGCCCUGGGAGGGAGAUAACUGCGAGAUAGACACGGGUACUACACAACAGUCAGUCUCAGUCAGCGGAAUCGCGACAUCCACGACUCCAUCAGUGACGUCAUCCGCACCUACCUGUCGCGACGCCAGCAACGUCGACUGCAAAACUCUGGACGCUGAGGCCGGCAUCUGCGCUUUGGGAAACAACCUAACACACACGUUUUGUCCAGGGUACUGCAGGGUUUGUGAGGACGUGUCUCUGGCUUGUGAGGACAGUAUGUACGUGGACUGUAUCGACCUGGACAAGGCGUCGGGGAUCUGCUCGUCCAAGUCCCCUACAGCCACUCUCUACUGCCCCCGCUACUGUAGAUACUGCUCAGUGCCGCCUACAACGACGCCUCCUACAACCACGACAGUCAAACCAACUCUGUGUACAGUGUGCAGUGGGUUAGACUGCCUCAUCCUCCCUAAGGUUGUAGCCUGUCCCCCCACACAGCCCUACUGCCUGACCACUGUCAAAAACAUGGACACAGGGGCCACGUCCUACACGAAGUCCUGCGCCAACAGGUCGGAGUGCCACGCUGACCUGUCCAGCCUGACCCCGCACCAGCAGGACUGCGGCACCUACAGCCCCAUGGAGAAGUACUACGAAGCCUUCUCCUGCUCCUACUGCUGUGUGUUGGACCACUGCAAUGCUGGGGGACACACCAUACCCGGCAAAGACACACUCCUCACAGACACGUCGCCCGACGUCAUCGGAUAGCAUGACAGGACGCGUCCAAUACCGACCAUGGUCAUCAGAAUAGUCCAUCAUGUGCUUGCUCAUUUGAUUCAUUAAUUAAACCGAUCCAAAUCUA